CUGUCCUCCGUAAAUACAUUUAAAGGGAAGUGGCAGGCUGCUUUUUGCAGCAGUAGGCUCUUCCAUCAACAGGAGAUAGCACAAACACCACCCGCACGCUGGUGAGCAAAACAAAACGAUGGCGGAAGGCUUUUCGGGGGUAACCGUGGGGGCCUGUGUGAUUCUGGCACUGUCCUUCCUGGUGGGCGCUCCAGGGAACCUGUUGGUGAUCUGGACGAUCCUGCGGCACGUAAAGCAGCGCUCCCACACCGUGGUGCUCAUCCUCCACCUCGCUGCCGCUGACCUGCUCGUCCUCGUCACCCUGCCUCUGUGGAUAUACUCCGUUGCCCGCUCCUGGGUCUUCGGCGAGGCCGCGUGCAAAGCCAUGGUCUACAUCAUCAAUUCCUGCAUGUACAGCAGCGUGUUCCUCAUCACCGCCAUGAGCGUGGAGAGGUUCUUGGCCGUCUGCUACCCCGUGGCCUCCCUCGGCUGGAAGAGCAAGGAGAAUGUCCUGAGCAAGGUUCUGCUAGCCCUCUGGCUCGCGGCUUUCCUCUUCAGUGUUCCCGUCAUUCCCACGCAGGUGCUGGACAAGGAGGGCGGAGAGGAGCAGUGCCUGUACCGGGAGUACUCCUCGGCUCGUCAGGAGGUGGCGUGUCUGCUGCUGGAGGUCCUGGUGGGCUUCGUCGUGCCCUUCUCCGUCCUGGCGGUGUGCUACGGCUGCCUGCUGGGCCGCAUCAAGCAGAUGACCUUCAAGACCAAGCAGAAAUCCACGGGCCUCAUCGCUGCCGUGGUGGCCGUCUUCCUCCUGUGCUGGCUCCCUCACCAGGUGGGCAAUGUGCUAUCCCUGGUCAGCAUCAGCGCAAAGGAAUCCAGUCCCAAAACUGCAGACAGCCUGGAGGCCGCCAGAGAAACGGUGAGCUUAAUCGCAGGAGCCAUGGUCUUCGUCAGCAGCUCGGUGAAUCCACUGCUUUACGUCUUCGCUGCUCGUUACUUCCGAGGCUCCUUCCGGGUCACGGGGAUACGGAGGCUCUUCCACCACAUUUCUCACUCAGGUACAGGUGAAGGAGCCAAAGAGCUGUCCGUUGUGUCUAGAAGAAAAAGCUCCCAAAGCGAGUUGACCAAGUGCAGUACAGACACAAAAGUAUUUACAGAUGUCGACCUUAAUGCGUGUGAAGAUAUUUCCCCCUGAUCAACCUUUGCUAAAUGGCAUUGUUCUACAUGUGAUUAAUAGCUCCUGUAUUUAUGUUGCUUUUGAUUGUGUGUGCCAAAAUGUUGCCUAUGUUCUAUUAAAUUUAUGCAUUACUUUCAGAUUCAGCUUUUCCUAAAAUAGAAAGUCACAAUGUAUAUGUAUCCACAAUGUUAAUGAAAACAUUUUCGUAUGAUCCACGAAGUGUGGGCAUUCUUUAAGAUCUCAUUCAGCUGUACAGCUGUGUGAAAACUGAAAAAUCUGUCUAUACAGUGCAUUUCCUCAUAAUUGGUUUUAGUGUAAAUGCCUGCAUAGGUAAUGCCAUUGGAUUUCACACUGUUUUAACUUGUAUUAAUAUUAACAGGGAGCAUUUUACUCAGAAAUCUGUGCUGCUAUAGCGUCAAACAGCUGUUACACAGAAGCUCCCAUUUGUAUCCAGUGUUGGGGAAAACUACUGUGAAAGCAUAGUAGUACAAACUACCAACUACUUCACACUGAGAGUAGUUGAACUACAGCCAAGAUACCCAAAAAAUAAAUGUAGCUCAAUUAUGUAGCUCUUGCAGUUAGCUAUACCUCAAUAUGACUAAAACGUUGAACAUGCAUACCUAUAGAGAACCAACAAACUCACUUUUUAUUGAUUUAAAGGCUCUAAAAUUUAAAGAUUUGGUCGACUUUAAAUCGUUUCAAAUUAUGUAUAAUGUAAAAAACCAAUUACUACCUGAAAGUAUCCAAAAGUUGUUUACAAAGAGAGAAUGUCAACACGAUUUAAGAGGAAUUUACAUGUUCAGAAAACAAUUAGUGAGGACCAAUGCAAAAUACCAUUGUAUUUCAGCUAAAGGAAUGCAACUAUGGAACAGCUGUAAUGUAACUGAAUACAUGUAGAACUCUCAGGUAAAAAAAAUGUUUAAAAAUAAUGUAAUGAACAAAUAUGAAAAAGGAUGACCAGAAAGAAACACUGGCAUAGAAGGACAGGGUACAGGAUAUAUAAGUUGUUUUUGUUUGAUUUUGUUUUGUUUUGUUUUACUUUGGUUGUUUUGUCCUUGAUGUUUGUCUGAUGUUACCUUUUGAAGACAAAUAUGACGUGUUGUUAAAAGGGUAGGCAUUAUAAGCAGCAGCUUCAGCCUACACCUGUUUUGGACUGCAGAGAUCUUGGGUUGCGGCAUUGUUUUGUUUUUAGCUUGUGAUAUUCGAGUAUCUGCCUCCUUUCGUGUAAACUUACUAUUGUUGAAUGCAGACCGAAAUAAAAAUUUAAUUUCAAAAAAGUUAUUUACUACAGUCACUGUGCAAAUUUGAAUGUAGCUGAACUACCAGCAAAUUGCUGCAAAAUGUAAUUAAACUACUAGUUUAACCUCAUGUAGUUAAACUACUCUCCAACACUGCCUGUAUCUAUCCAUAUGUACCUCAGACUGGGGUAACUAGUCGCAAGUUUUCCAAAGUGCGCUUUGCAUGUUGCAAAAGCACAAGGCAAGCUUUUUUACUUCUCUUUUGAUGGCUUGUGAAAUGAUUAUCUGCCAUGAUGUGUAAUAGAGCCCCUAGCCAAUGAUGGGAAAGAGGAAUACAGAUGAAUUUCACUUGACCACAUCCUUGGCUUAUUAUGAAGAACAGUACGUGCUUGCAUGGGAGAAAUAUUUUUAGUUUUGUUUUUAAUGACAUUGGGAGACAUAUACACACUGUAUCUCUUGUGCCAGUUUUGCUUAUUCCAUUAUGAGUUCUUCUGUUAAUAUUUAUAUCAUUGCAUUGUUGGUUUUUUAAUAAAUCUGCAGACAUUGACUGUUGAAAACAAACAAGGAAUAUUGUAAUAUUUGCAUUAUUGAAGAUUAUAAGUGAUGAUGUACAUAUUAUUUCCAUCAUGAUUGGUGUAAUUAAUUUUCAUGAGAGCACAGCUAAAUAUAACAGCUAACACUGCGGCAACCCAUUUCACCAUGCGAAAUGUGAAGUCUAAUUUAUAUUUGAGUGAACGAUAUCUUAUUCUUAAUCUCAGUUUUUCAGUCUUUAUCCAUUAGUCUACCUUGUUCAACAGUUGACAGUUUUUUUUUGUUUCACUAACAUUUGUGAAAGUAUAUUUUUAAACACUUGUUUUGUUAACGUGACUUCAACUUUGUUGUGGAUUGUUUUUUUUAAGACUCCAAUGCAUUUAUAUGACAGUGUUCAUUGUUUUUUUUUCCUAAUAUGACAGAGACUGUGGCUGGUGUGGAUGCAGGAUGGAAUAGCCUGUCUCAUCCUGCCUCUGUUACUAUAAUUCUGCUCUAUUGUGCUUGCGUAAGCUGUCACUCAACACAGACUGACACAUUCUGACUGGAGGACCUAAAUAAGCGAGUAACGUUAGGAUAUGUGAAGCUACUCAGGGUAAUCAAUGUCAACACAGUCUAUUGUGGAAGAGAUUGUCAAUGGAAAACACCUGUUUAGACACAUUGAAACAUACAAUAGGAGGUUUUCCAUACUGUGCUAUUGGACGAAAUUCAGCAGACUGUGAGAAAGCUGUGUGUGUGUGUGUAUGUAUGUGUGUGUGUGUGUGCAUAAGUAUGUUUGGAAAUAUGUGCUCACUUGGUCUUGGUAUGCAAUUUUUCCCACAAGAAAGUAAGUUCUCUUGCUCACAUGGGAAACAAAUAAUUGAAAUUGGGUUCACAAAAUACUCAUAAAUUGCAUUACAGAUAUGAAAUUACAUCUUCUCAUCAGUUUGUUGCCAGAGGCAAUCUAUGUGAGGUAAAUCGCAACCCAUGGCAAUAACACUUAACACUUUGCAGAGAUUGGCGGACAGAAUCCCAACUGCUCCUCAGUGUGCAUGCCUAUGUGUGUGUGUGUGUGUGUGUGUGCGCACGUGCGUGUGUGUGCGCGCGUGUGUGUGUGUGUGUACUUGCAUUUUACCGACUGUGCAGAACUUCUUGUCUGAACUUGACAGGGUGCCUUCGUCUCUGUGACUCGCCCGGUUUUGUAGCUUGUGAUGUGAAGACACUGUGGUGGAGUCAGAUUUCACUUCUGCACAGAUUUGUUUUGAUCAGCCUGUAUUCCGUCUCAUAUUAUUUACCCCUGUGUUGGACAUUCAGACAGCAAUUCACGCGUUCAAGCUUUAUUCAUUUUCACUUUUUGUGUUAAUUUACCAUUAACUAUCAUGCUCGUCUUUACUCUUUCAAGGCCCAACCACAGCAACAUGAAUUACUCAUAAGAAAAUUCCUUCUCUUUGACCUAUUUCUCUUGAGCUCUCUGCACCUGAUAAAAGUGAUUGAAAUGAG